AUGCCGAAAGAAAAUAAAAGUACAAGCAGAAGAAACAGAUGUCAGUGUUUCGAAGACGACAACGAAAUUGCAUCGAACACACGAGCACCGGUGAAGCCAGUGGUCAGAAGCAAUCGCUACAGUCCGUUCCCUCGAAAAGAACCAAGAAAAGAUUCGACGAGAGAAAACAUGACGGUGCCAAGGAUGAAGGCUCUCAACACCGUAAGCGGUGGAAUCAUCGAAAAUGAGUCCGGUGAACGCACUGAAACGAAACAGCAGACAGAAUCGCGCGACAAAAAGCAGGAGAAAAGAGACGGGGAAGAAAGAAAGACGGAGAAAGAAGGAAGAGAAGAGAGGAGAACGGUGAACGAGACUCGGAACAACUGCUGUAGGUCUUCGAAAGAGUUUGUAAGUUCCAAGUCCACUGAUGCGUCGUCCCGCGAAGAAACAUCGAAGAAGGCGAAGGAAGAAUCCAGCGACGAAAUGGUGACAGCCGAGGAGGAUUCUGACUCUUCUGGCGAACAAUGGAGCACUGCGCGCAGUACUAUGCCAAUGAAUAUGUCGAUAGACUACACGGUCUUCGAGGAACCUAUGGACAUAUCGAUCGAUGAACAAGUGAUAAAGAUAUCGCGAGAUAGUCGAGCGGUCGAAAACAAAGCCACUGGAUGUGUAUCUUCGAGAUCGAGCAAUUCCUCCGUGGAUGAAGAAAUCGCGCGUAUUUUUCAAAAACAAUGCACUUCAUCCGAAGAUGAAUUUCCUACUUGUUCGUUCUCCAAGUCUUUCUCCUCGCGCAGACACGAGAAACCGAAACGUACUAAUUUUCUUUACGAUACAAUUAAAAGAAAGGAUUGCCCGGUUGUUACACGAUCGAAUAAAAUAUAUCAAGGUGGCAACGAGAAAGAACGAAAGAAGAAAACGACAACCGAGUUUGUUGCUAACAAUAAGAGACGAAAAGUGGCCGACGACGAAGACAGAAACGAGAAGCAAACCGAACGGAAAAAGGAAAAUAAGCCACAAGAAGAAAAACGCAGUUCUCAACAACGCGGUACCCCGAGUAAAUCUAAACCGCGUUCGUCGAGAACACCGGUGAAAAAUAAGGAGUCGAAGCGGAAGGUGAUCAGGUUUAAAGAAACGGCUACGCAAACGGAUAGCGCCUUUUCUGACGACGAUGUCGAAAUGGUUCCAGUCGACGCGAAAUUGUCCGAGAGACAAUUUUGCUGCAAAUAUGCAGCGCGCAAGCUCUAUCUCUUCCACGGAAAAGAGAUGGAGCACGAGUUGAAUUAUGUGGCGGAUAACGAAGAUUCGAACGACGGAUUUUUAAGAAUCGCAGACAAACGAAUUUCAUCACGCAGCACGUCUUCCUCCUCGGCGGAUCUUGGUUUCGACGAACGUGUAUCUGCGACCCCAGAUACCGAUAUCACAGUGAGACAGAGAUCGUAUACAAACUCACCGAAAUGUGCGAGUACUCUUCGAUCAUGCAUUCGUGCUCCACCAGGUUUUCCAAAAGUACCGCAGAAUCCACCACUGACCUCUUACAUUUGCAACGAUAACAAACGGGUUAUUUUAUCGUCUUCGAAUGAAAACGAUCCGAACUUUUCCCAGGUCAAAACAUUGGCGAUCGUACCACCAGCGCCCUCACCUAUGCCACACCUAUACUAUAAUUACCCAGAAUUCAUGGACCUCCCUAUUAGUGUUAACUCUUCGAAAAUUUUAAGUAAUAUUUUUAGGAACAACUAUUACCGGUGA